AGAGUUUUUAUUUAUUUUGAAGAUUUUUUAUACAAUAUUGUGGUUUACCAGCAUAAAUACACAGUGAGAAGAUGCGAUGAAUUGGCAGAUUUAUUUGUUGUGAUUCAUUAUUUGAUCAUCCUCACCUUUAUUUUUGGGGCUUUUUAGAAAUGUGUCCACACACAUGCUGAUAUAUCACAAGAGCACGGCUGUUUUCGCCGGUCAACAACAGGAAGUAGGCCGCGGCGUGUUGUGGACGAGGUAGUGGCAGCUAGCUGUCAGCCAAAGUUAAGAAAGAAUUAAUAAUUCAAUGAAUUAACACCACAGAGGUGAAAAACAGCUGGUGGCCAUGAGCGGGAAAGAAGAAGUCAGCUUCGAUCCAAAAGAACACCAGCACCUGCGUUACAACCCUCUCAGAGACAGUUGGGUCCUGGUGUCGGCCCACCGCAUGAAGAGACCCUGGGCUGGUCAGGUAGAAAAACCUUCCGAGGAACAUGUACCCAGACAUGACCCCAACAAUCCCCUCUGUCCCGGGAACACGCGUGCUAAUGGAGAGGUGAAUCCAAACUAUGACAGCACUUUUGUUUUUGAAAAUGACUUCCCUGCUCUUCAGCCUGAUGCUCCAGAUCCUGGUUCAGAUCAACAUCCAUUGUUCCAGUCUAAAGCUGCCAGGGGCGUCUGUAAGGUGAUGUGUUUCCAUCCCUGGUCUGACGUCACCCUCCCUCUCAUGAAAAAAGAAGACGUUGUCAAGGUGAUUGACAAGUGGGCAGAGCUUGUUGAAGAGCUAGGCGCUACCUACCCUUGGGUUCAGAUCUUUGAGAAUAAAGGAGCUAUGAUGGGUUGUUCAAAUCCACAUCCUCACUGUCAGGUGUGGGCCAGCAACUUCCUGCCUAAUGAGCCAGCUCUGUCAGACCGCUGUCAGAGAGCAUACUAUCAGAAACACGGAGAGCCGCUGCUGCUGCAAUACGCCAAGCAAGAGGCUGAGAAAAAGGAGCGUGUGGUGGUGGAGAGUUCUGAUUGGCUGGCAGUGGUUCCAUACUGGGCAACGUGGCCCUAUCAGUUGCUGCUGUUACCACGACGACAUGUCCUCAGGAUCAAUGACCUGACCGCGGAGGAGAGGGAGGGUCUGGCUGACAUUAUGAAGCAACUGCUGACCAAGUAUGACAAUCUGUUUGAAGUCUCAUUUCCCUACUCGAUGGGCUGGCACGGAGGAUGCUCAGAGUAAGGCAGCCCACUAUUAAAGGACAGAUGACAGACUCCCACCCAAACUGUAGUGUGGAGAAAAGGAUGAAAGGACACAAUCAUCAUCUCAGUCUCUUCUUUAAAAAAAAAAAAAAACUGUCAGAUAUCAAAUCUUUGAAGUGAAGUCUCAGCAACAGUUGAUUGUGGCGACGGCUCUUACAUGGUUUGGCUUUAAUCUUGUAGUCUGUUUUAUUUCUUACUGUAGAUGAAGAUUAAAGCUCAUGUUACAGUGAUGUGUUGAAGGUUAUAAGCACAUAGUCAGAAGGUUCACCUAUUCACAUUACAAUCUCUUUCAAGUUAUUAAGUCUAGUAAUGAACUUUGAAGCUGUGUUUACCUUGAAAAAACCAUGCCAGCAAGAUAAAUACAUUUCCAAGAGUUUUAAGUAAGAAAUCUGUUGAAACGAGUACUAGAACUUUGAAAUUAGUCCUUUAUCUCCUCCAACAUUAGGAUUACGUAAUUGAAAAAUAAACAAACAAACAAAUUUGUUGCACUGGAAAGAACUGACUGCCAACUACCACCAAAAAAUGGGGUAAUAUUAAACACAUGCCUGUUUCACACUUCUUUCCUCUUCUUUGAGUUUUCAGAGUACAUCUACCUACCUAAUUAUCUGUGAAAUAUUACAGUUUGGUUUAUUAGCACCUUCCUAUUUCUGGUUAGUCAAAACAGUGAAGACAGCAGUGAAGUGAGAGGAAGGUGUCAUGAGAGUGAGAGAUGAAGAUGAUGAGGAUGCCGUAAGAAAAGAGACAGAAAGAAAGCUGCAAAGUCAAUAUUGGUUUGUUUUUCGAGAGUUCAAAUAUUAUGAACUUUAGUAUCAAGUGUUUACUUAAAUAACACAUACAUAUGUGGAAAAUUGUGGAAUUACAUUUUCAUUUUUAAGUUUACAUUAUCAUUUUAAUAUAGUCCCCUAUAGGCUUCCAUAGUUUUCCAUUGUUCUUUUUGAUAGAAUUCCAACUGUUGUUAUAAUUGGAGGUAGACGAACUUACGGGUCCCAAAAUAAUGGUGUUAUUUUAACCUUAUCAAGGGGGAUUAAGGCCAAAGAGACUGCUGUGAUUAUAAUGGAUGUGCUCUCAGUGAGCUAGCUAGCACACUGUGUCUGUCACACAUACUGCACACUCUGACAGCCCUAAUUUUGGAAAAUUCUUAUUCACAUACACACACACACA